AUGGCAGGAUCACCAUUCCAGGAAGUCACGAUUGGUGUAAGAAGAAGUGCAGACAGCACAUUCUCACACACCUUCAGUAAUUUAAACGACUGCACUCCAGGGCCAUUCGCGCAGUCGGUUCGAUUCAUAAAUAUCGACCAAGGCGCGACACGCGUACUGCCUGCAUACUGUGCGAUUCCUGCACCUGCCGCUGCGUCGUCAAACAGCCAAGACGUUCUCAGAGAGAAUACCGAUGGUAAUCUUCGCUGUGGAGAGCAGUGCGGCGAUGAGCACAGCAGUCACAGAACUCGUUGCUGUCAUCAAAGCGAUGAUCGAUACACGCGCUGGAUCUCGGACGCUAAUUAUGCCAUCGGGAGCAUACUUAACCUUGAUAGUAUUACGAUGACAAAGGUACAAGUGAGGACUGUUUCGAGCACAAAUAAGCCCAAUGAUUUCACUGAUCAGUUUACCACCACAAUGGCAGAACUAGCUCAAAAUGAGAAGCAGAUUGAAGAAAGUUUGUCAUUGGAUGUUAUACACAAGGCAAGCGAAAUCUCCAUUCUAUCUCCGACUAUUCUAUUUCUGUUUACGUCCACACCUUCUGAACAUUCUACGGUGGACUCAAGACCAAUUUCAAGAAAUAUGCAGCUGACGUCAUUGCUGGUGUCGUCGAUCGAGGCAACUUCGUUGGUACUGGACGAUGCAGCUGAGGAUUGUUCGAAAUCGACGGCGUUCAGUUUUUUCAUAGAAGAUGUUGCCACCACCGCUGUCAUAAAUGUGGUUGGCCUAGGGUACUUCUGUUAA